GGAUUGGCUGUUGGAGAAACUCAAGGAUGCCGUGACUCACAUCAUCUUCCUAUUCUCUUACAUCUGCAAAUGGCGGGACUGGAGCUGUUUGAACAUCAUGCCCCUUCUGAGGCUUUGCUGUAGGAUUGGAUGAUUCCCCGUGACCUCUGAACCGUCUCUUCUCCCCCAGGCCUCCUUUAUCCCCACUCCAAAAGACAACUCUGUCUAAAAAAGAUCUUUUUAGAAGAAUUAAAAUCCAAAUGCCUGUCUGUUGUCACACUUUCCAGGCUGUGUAGUUGGGGACCGGUUCUGCUCUGAGCCCAUCUAUGUGGCUCUUAACCCUAGAGUCAGUUCAGGAUCUCUGAAUACUUGGUAGGAGGAAGUGAAAGCAGAUGAGACCCAACAAAAAAGGCAAGCGGGUAGAGAGUGAGUGCUGCUUCUGCUUUUUCUAUUCUUUUUCUGGUAUGUUUUACAUAUCUGGUCAGAGAAGCCUGGAAAUCAUCUUUAAAACAUAUAAGACAAUGAGCCUGACCACCAUGGAGAAGCCCUGUCUUUACUAAAAAUUAGUAAAUAAUUUUGGGAUUACAGCUAAGAAUUGGAAGUAAGAUGUUUUUUAACAGCCUUGAAAGAUUUUCCCAUUACUAAUCUUUAAUCUUGCUUUUUAAAUGAUGGUCGCAGAGAUCCGGAACGUAGAGGGUCAGAACCUGCAGGAGCAGGUUUGCCCUGAGCCCAUUUUCAGGUUCUUCAGAGAACACAAGGUGGAGAUUGCAAGUGCAAUAACAAGGCCAUUUCCUUUUCUUAUGGGCCUCCGAGACCGCUCCUUCAUCUCUGAGCAGAUGUAUGAACAUUUUCAAGAAGCUUUUAGAAACCUGGUCCCAGUGACAAGAGUGAUGUAUUGUGUACUCAGUGAACUGGAGAAGACAUUUGGCUGGUCACAUCUGGAAGCAGUGUUCAGCAGGAUUAACCUGAUGGCCUAUCCUGAUUUAAACGAGAUUUAUAGAAGCUUCCAAAAUGUAUACCAUGAACACUCACCUCUCCAAAUGAAUAAUGUAAGCGAGUUAGAAGAUAGACCCAGAUUACUACCAUAUGGUAAACAAGAGAACAGCAAUACCUGUCAUGAAAUGGGUGGUGUAAAAGUGCCUCAGGAAUCCUUGAGCUCCUCGCCAAGGUGUGAGCCAGGUUUCUCUUCAGAGUCUUGUGAGCAAUUAGCUCUCCCAAAGGCUGAUGGAGGAGAUGUGGAAGAUGCACCCAGCCUACUACCAGAUGUGGGAGUGUCCUGUGAACUUGCUAUACAAAUAGAUGAAGGAGAAUCAGAAGGAAUGCCCAAGUUACUGCCUUAUGAUACAGAAGUUCUAGAAAGCAACGAGAUGAUAGAUGUGGCAAAGACACACAGCACAGCACCAGGGAAGAAAGAGGGAGACGAGGAAGGCAGGAACAGUCCCGGAAAAAGAAACCAACACAAGGAGAAGUACCAAGAGAGUCCAGUGGCAAGAAGUAGAGAGACCUUUGAUCUAAAAACUCCCCAAGUCACUAAUGAAGGAGAACCAGAGAAGGGGCUCUGUCUACUACCAGGUGAAGGAGAAGAGGGCAGUGAUGACUGUUCGGAAAUGUGUGAUGGAGAAGAGCCCCAGGAAGCCUCUAGCUCCCUAGCGAGACGUGGGUCAGUGUCUGGUGAACUAGAAGAUCACCCAAUGAAUGAAGAAGGAGAAUCAGAAGAGCUUGCUUCUAGCCUGCUACAUGAUGAUGUACCAGGAGCAGAGCAAUCAGCAUAUGAAAAUGAGAAGUGUUCCUGUGUCAUGUGUUUCUCAGAAGAGGUGCCAGGAAGCCCAGAAGCAAGGAUGGAAGGUGAUCAAGCGUGUGGCACAAUGGAUACUGUGGAUAUUGGAAACAACUCUACUUUGAGAAAACCCAAGAGGAAAAGAAGAAAAAAGAGGGGGCAUAGCUGGAGCAGAAUGAGAAGGAGAAGGCAGAAAAACAGCCAACAAAAUGAUAAUAGCAAAGCCGACGGCCAGCUGGUCUCCAGUGAAAAGAAGGUGAAUGUGAAUCUGAAAGGCCUUUCCAAGAUUAGGGGGAGAAAGAGAGGCAAACCUAGAACCUGCUUGACUCAGAGUGACAGAGCUCCACAGAAGAGAGUCCGAUCAAGAGCUUCCAGAAAGCACAAAGAUGAAACUGUGGAUUUUAAGGCUCCUUUGCUUCCAGUGACCUGUGGUGGGGUGAAGGGAAUUUUACAUAAGAAGAAAUUGAAACAAGGAAUCUUGGUGAAGUGUAUACAGACUGAGGAUGGAAAAUGGUUCACCCCCACGGAAUUUGAAAUCAAAGGAGGCCACGCAAGAUCAAAGAACUGGAGGCUGAGUGUGCGCUGUGGCGGGUGGCCCCUACGAUGGCUGAUGGAGAAUGGAUUUCUGCCUGAUCCUCCAAGAAUACAUUACAGGAAAAAAAAGAGAAUACUGAAGUCUCAAAACAAUAGCUCAGUUGACCCUUGUAUGAGAAACUUGGAUGAGUGUGAGGUGUGCCGGGACGGAGGGGAGCUGUUCUGUUGUGACACUUGUUCAAGAGUCUUCCACGAGGACUGUCACAUCCCGCCCGUGGAAGCUGAGAGGACCCCGUGGAGUUGCAUCUUCUGCAGGAUGAAGGAGUCUUCAGGAAGCCAACAGUGUUGUCAGGAAUCUGAGGUCCUGGAGAGGCAGAUGUGUCCUGAGGAACACAUGAAAUGUGAGUUCCUCCUCUUGAAAGUCUAUUGCUGUUCUGAGAGCUCCUUUUUUGCCAAGAUUCCAUACUACUAUUAUAUUAGAGAGGCGUGUCAAGGCCUGAAGGAGCCCAUGUGGUUGGAUAAAAUCAAGAAAAGGCUGAAUGAGCACGGUUACCCCCAAGUGGAGGGGUUUAUACAAGACAUGCGCCUCAUCUUCCAGAACCACAGGGCCUCUUACAAGUACAAGGAUUUUGGCCAAAUGGGACUUAGACUGGAGACUGAGUUUGAGAAGAAUUUCAAGGAAGUGUUUGCUAUUCAGGAAACAAAUGGGAACAAUUGACUGGAUUAGUGGAUGCUGAAAGCAUUCAGCAAAUGGCACCCUAAAAUAUGCUGCUGGUUUGCCACUGACUUCAAAAUGAGGUCACUUGGGCACAGCACAUGCAGGGAGGGGCUUUUCUCGGAGCCUCCCUCAUCUGCCCAAAGACAAAUCCUCAAAAGGAAAUUCAAUCAUCAUGAAUCACAACCCCAAGUAUCUCAUCAGCCAGGGAAGAGUAAGUGGGAUCACAGGGAAGGAUAUUGGCAGUGACAACGUCCCAUACAGGCUCUUACCUCUUCUCCUGAGGGCUGCUCCAGACAACAUUUAUUACCCGGAAGACCUUUUGUCUGAAAACCAGCCAAGCUUUAUUCAGGACACACUUCUUGCCUUCACUCUCCCACUUCCGUGGCCACCUCCAUGCAGAAGCCCUAAGCCCCCAUUCUUUCGAUAGCUCACGAUGGUGUAUGAGUGUCCAUCAUCUGACUCUUCUUGGAGUCUCAUAUUUCGUGGGACUCCUAUGCAAACAUAUAUUAUUAAAAUUUUUUUCCUCCUGUUAA